AUGACUUCGCGCCAGGCCUACCUCGACCGCUUCGACUCGCACCCCAGCGUCGACGCCUCCAUGGACGACUUCGAGCCCCGCGAGUUCUCCCCGACCUUCCCUGACCUACCUUCACACCAUUCUGGCUUCCGGAGUCCACAUAUGUCGGAGUACAGCGAGCAGUCCCGACGAUCAUACAGUCCGCCGGCGUGGCGGAAGUCGGGGAGUGGGUGGUUCAAGCAGGCGUCGCUUUCGCCGCAUAAAAGUGACAGGGGGAGCAGAGAGACAAGCCCACUAUACAAUGGAUUGGGUGGGCAGGGCGACCUGGAUUUGAGAGCGUAUGCGACUGCGACAAGAAUACCACUGCCAAUGUCCGCGCGAAGUAGUCCUGAGCGCGAAACAGGCGUCGGCGCGGACGAUCAGGGUGAGGGAGAUACCACUGUAGUAGAUGCGCCUCCCAAUGCACCAGCAGAAGCGCCAAGUAUGACACCAGUGGACGAAGGCAAUUAUAUUCGCUGGACAAGCUCGUUAGCCGUCCAGCAAAGAACCGAUGGCAUUGAGCAAACUGUCAUGUACAUCCGGAAAGGCAUACACCACGUCUCAAGAACGAAAUACCACGCCUUGUUAUACGGCAUGGUCACUCUACUCAUAUACUGGCUGCUUGCCAAUCUCCUCACAACCCCUUCCAGUGGUCCUGUACCCGAUCUCAUCAAAGUCGCCGGCCUCGCCAAGUCCUUCGAACCAGUCAUUUACUACUCAGAAGCCGGCCACGAGCAAAUCGGAGAACUCCAAGACACCGGCAUAGCAGUGUGGGACCUCGGCGAAAGUGUUCGUAACACCAAUAUGACCUCCGCGCCCAUCAUUGUCGGCCAGCUGGAAGGCCUCUCCGAAAGCUUCAAAGACCUUUCCAUAGAAAUGACCUCCUUCUUCGCCGGUCUCGACGCCGACGUCGACGCCAUCCUCCUCGUCAUGGAAUGGGCACAGCGCGAACUCAUCAAGCUCUCUCAAACACCUCAGAGCGCCAUCGGCUCUGUCUGGUCCAACGCGCACACCCUGCUCGCCUCCAUCGGCAUAGUAAGCCCAGACAGCCGCAUGAUGCGCGAACUUAUGGGCCAAACCAUCCAACAACAAACCCGCUCCACCCUCGAACGCACAUUCAACGAGUUUUUAAAUGUCAUGGAAGAGAGUAUCAACAACGAACUCCAAUACUCGAUCCGUCUCUUCGGCUUCUUCGAAGCCAUCGACAAGCAGUUCCUCAACCUCCACCGUACCGUCAUUCGCGAGCAAGACGCGCAAGAGCGCAUUGAGACGGACUUUUUGUCAAGUAUGUGGACGAAAGUCGUUGGCGUCAACGCCUCCCGACUACGGAAAUUCGAAAAGAACAAAACCCUCCUCCAAUCCGUCCGCGACAGGACCGUGCGCAACAAGCACGUCCUGCUCGACCACAACCAGCGGUUACGGCAGAUGAAGUCCGCGCUCGAGAUGUUACGGCAGAGGCUGGUGAGUCCGAUGGUCAGGAAUUCGGUCAAUGCGAGUACGUUGAGCGUGGAGGAGCAGAUUGCCGGGUUGGAGGGGACGUAUGCGCAGUUGAAGGCCACGAGAGAGGAGCAGAAGAGGAGUAAGAUGGCGGUGAUGUUUGGGGCGAGGGAUCGGCGGGAUGGGCUGCAGGCUGAGACUGGGAUGAAGGAGGCGAGGAGGCAGGUGGAGGGGGGGAGGUGA